CUGUACGGCUAGUUGUGUCAAGCGCCACCAAGAUCAUGAGUAUGUCACGUGACGGCAGUGACAUCAAAGACAUCAAGUUGGUGGACGCGGUAGAUGUGGAAGUUGAUGUGGCCUCGCAGACUGUCUACUAUAUCAACAACACAGAUAAUCAGGUGUACAGUUGUCCUGUGGCAGGCGGCCCCUCCUCUCUGAUCCCAAUACAUGGCCUGGCCAUCCCGGUGGAUCUUGCCUUGGACUGGGUAGGGCGUGCCCUCUACGUGGUUGACCGCGACACCGCGAGAAUCGAACUCUUCUCUCUCACACGACGCCUGCAACAGAACAUUGUUUCCGACAACCUACAAGCCCCGAGUGCUAUUGCUGUGGACCCAAAUGUUGGCUACCUGUUUUUCGCUGACCGCGGCCACAAGGGACCCUAUCUGAAGCCUCGUAUCGAGCGUGUGUUUAUGGACGGCAGUCACCGCUGGAACAUGGGACUCACCAAGAUCCUGCAACCUCAGGCCAUUGCCCUGGACACGGUCAACCAGAGAAUCUUCUGGGUGGACUCACAUCUUGACCACCUAGACACUGUGGACUACAACGGCCAGAACAGGAGAACGAUCGUGUCCGGCGGUCUACGUAUCCCAGCCCCCGUCUCUGUGACGGUCUUUGAGAACCAGCUGUUCUUUGCCGACAUCACCAAACUGGGCGUCCUGCGGGUGAACAAGACGGACAGCGCCUUCGCUCCCCGCACCCUGAAGCAGGUCCUUCGUAUGGACGUGGGCGUGCCCGCGGCUGUUGUCGCAGUGCAUGACUCACUACAGACUCUCAGGUCCAGGGGCGGUAACCCUUGCACGCAGAAUCCGUGCGCCCACAUUUGCGCCCUGUCCCACACCACAGACAACAACGGACUGGGGUACCGGUGUCUGUGCCGUGCCGGCUACACCCUCAACCACGACAUGGCCAACUGCACUAAAAUUGAGAAGUUCAUCCUUUUCGCCUCACCUCGCUGUGUGCGAGGUAUUGCCCUAGACGAGCCAGGCGAUUACCCUAUCGACGCCAUCCCACCAAUCGUUGGCCAGCGCUGGGGUCGCUUAGGGGUCAACUACGUGGCCCUGGACUUCGAUGCCGAGAACGAGACUGUCUUCUUCUCGGACGUCAGAAACCGGGUCAUCUACAGAGGAAAGAUCGGGGAAUCUGAUCCCCAACCACACCUGGUAACAGACAUCGGUUCUGUGGAAGGUAUCACCUACGACUGGGUGGCAAAGAACCUGUUCUUCACAGACUUUAGGCGGAGUACACUGUCUGUGGUCCGUGUCAACCAUCCGAACGAAAGGAGGGACCUCAUCAAGAACCUUGGGAAUGCUAGGUCGAUCGUCGUGCACCCUCUGAAAGGAUUUCUGUUUUACUCGGAUUGGUUGAGAAAUUCCCGCCAGAGCGCCUACAUCGCCCGUUGUUUCACAGACGGCACCAAUAUUACCCACAUCCGACAGAACCAGCUGGGCUGGCCUAACGGACUCACCAUCGACUUCCAAAGUGAAAGACUUUACUGGGCAGACGCAUAUUUUGACAGGCCAGAACCCUUGUCAACUCCGAAACGGCGACUGCUCCAACUUCUGCUUUGUGGUCCCCGUGAUGGACGGCCUGAGCCAGGUGGGUCGCCACUGCGGUUGUCCCUUCGGCAUGAAGCUGGGCCGAGACCAGCGCACGUGUGAGCACAACCCGGACGAGGUGGACAUCAGCACGUGCAGGCCCGGUCUGUUCCGCUGUCAGAACGGCCGGUGUAUCCCCAACUCUUACCGUUGUGACCGGGACAACGACUGUCUCGACAAGUCCGAUGAGCUGGAUUGUCCUGAAGACACCACGUGCCCUGCUAACAGGUUCAAGUGUGGCAACGGCCAGUGCAUCAGUCGUGUGUGGGUGUGCGAUGGCGAUAACGACUGUGGAGAUAUGUCCGACGAGAACGAUUGUCCUUCCAAGACGUGCAACUCUCGAGAGUUCAAGUGCAACAACAGCUUGUGCAUCAGCCAGUCUCUCAAGUGUGACACGGACAACGACUGCGGAGAUGGCUCGGACGAGGGCGAGUUCUGUGGCUCGCACACCUGUCCGAGAAACUACUUCCGCUGCGAUGACCGGCGCUGCAUCCCCCAGAUCCGCGUCUGUGACGGGGGCAACGAUUGUUACGACCGCAGCGACGAGCGAGACUGCCCGCCCCUCAACUGCUCACACUCUCGCUGGACGUGCAAGACUGUGAGGCAGUGCAUCCUGUCCAAACACCACUGCGACGGUGUGGCAGACUGCGAUGACGAGUCGGAUGAAGAAGAUUGCCCCCAGACAAGCCCGGAUGUUUGCCACCGAAACCAGUUUCGCUGCGACGACGGGGGCUGUGUGCCCAACUCGUGGAAGUGUGACGGCCAGCAAGACUGUGAUGAUGGAUCAGACGAGGGGAGCGACUGCCCUCCUCCACCUUUCUCGUGCCCACGCGGGAAAUGGGAGUGUCCAGGUGGAAGCAAAGUAUGCAUCAACACCAGCCUGGUGUGUGACGGGAAGCCAGACUGCCCAGGAGGCCGUGACGAGAGCCCAAUCUGUAAUACUGACAGUUGUCACACCGACAACGGAGGUUGCAGCCACGUGUGCAUCCAGACCCCACGAGGCGCCGAGUGUAAGUGUCCCAGAGGACAACAGCUGAAUGGAACCAAGACCUGCAUAGAUGCCGAUGAGUGCACCCCGCCCGGUAGAUGCAGCCAGACAUGCAUAAACACCAAAGGCGCCUACAAAUGCGAGUGUGUGGAAGGAUACGUCUUGCUCCCAGACAGGCGUACUUGCAAAGUGGUCCGAAACAACACAGCCCUCAGCCUGCUGAUCGCAAGCAGGACAUCUGUGGUCAAGUCUAACCUGGAGGUGUGGCUCUACAAUCCACUACCCCUUCCACCGUUCCGCUCGCUCACGGCCAUCGACAUUGACGUGAGCCAGUCACACGUAUACUUCUCCGACACGAUGCUCAAAAAGAUUUUCCGGACCACCAUCAACGGAACAAAUCUCACAGAGAUUGUCGCUACAGGUAUCGACGUGGUAGAAGACAUAGCCGUGGACUGGGUAGGGAAGAACUUGUACUGGACAGACUACGGUAUGGAGACGAUUGAGGUGGUCAACCUAGCAGGGGAGAACAGGAUGGUGCUGUUUAGCGAGAACAUUACGAACCCACGGGCUAUUGAGGUGGACCCCAGGGACGGGGUUCGCUACCUGUUCUGGUCGGACUGGGGCCAAAACCCUCGCAUUGAGCGCUCAGGUCUGGACGGUACUGGUCGUGUGGUCCUGGUGUCGGAGAAACUCUUCUGGCCCAAUGCUCUGACGAUCGACUACCCCAACAAGAGGCUUUACUUCGCUGACGCUCGCAUGGACUUCAUCGAGUUCUGCAACUACGAUGGAUCCGGGAGACACCAAGUCUUUGCCAACGACCAUUUCCUGCGUCAUCCUCACUCACUAACGAUCUACGAAGACUGGCUGUACUGGACAGAUCGCGCGGCCAGCCGUGUGUCCAUGUGCAACAAGUUCAACUGCUCCGCGCGCUCUGUGGUCGCCUCAAGUAUCUCCAGGCCGUUGGGCAUUGCCGUCUACAACCAGGUCAAACAACCGCCUGGUAGCAACCCGUGUCUUCAAGCCCAGUGUAGUCACCUGUGCCUGCUGUCCCCCAAACCCACCGGCUACAGUUGUGCCUGUCCCAUCGGCAUGCAACUGGACGCCACCUCACACAGCUGUAUCAAAGACUCGGCAGAGAUCCUGCUGUUUAUGCAGUCUCGCUUCAUCGCGGGCAUCAAACUGGGCAGCACUAACGUGACGGGGAUUGUGCCAGUGAGCUCGAUAGGCAGCGGUCAAGACUUUGACUUCGAUAGCAAACAAGGAUACAUCUACUACGUGGAGAAAAUUAAUGGCAGCCUGAAAAGAAUCCAGGUGAACGGGAGGAACACGUCCGAGUUUGUCCCCACCGCGGUCAUCGGUUCCCCCAACGCCAUCGCCAUAGACUGGAUGUCACGGAACUUGUUCUGGGCUAACGCUGCUGCCGGCCUCAUGGAGGUGAUGCGGCUGGACGGACCAGAACACUAUAGGCGGGUCCUGCUCAGCAACAACGGCCGGCGGAGAGACGUGGCCAACCCCCUGUCUCUCUGUGUCGACCCUGCCAGUGGCCUUCUCUACUGGGGAGAUGGCGGAGUGCUUGGAGUGCCGGCCAAAAUCGCUGUCGUGGAGAUGGACGGUUCAAACCCAAGAGUGCUUCUGUCGGCGGGCAUAAGGAGUCCGUCUUACAUGACUCUGGAUUCGUCCUCUCAAAGUCUCUAUUUCACGGAUACUUUCCACAGAAAACUGCAAAGAUUCUACAUCAAGUCGGGCACGGUGUCGCAGGUCGUGUCCUCGGGCUCCCCCCAAGGCGUGGUGUUCCAUGGUAACCGACUCUACUACUAUGACGCCAUCUACGAGACUAUCAACCGCGCCCCCUACCCCAGCAUCCGGACGGCGGCCGUCCUCCGGAGUAACAUCAAGGGAGUGGGCGCCCUGAAGGUGUACUAUGACAGGCACCAGUCUUCUGGCAAGAACGGGUGCUCUGAGAACAACGGUGGGUGUGAACACCUGUGUCUCCCUAAGAUUCUCGGAGGGUUCAGCUGUGCCUGCAGCACCGGCUUCGAGCAGAGAGAGGACGGUUCUUGUGCAGCUCAGAGCUCUUUUGUGGUGGUGUCUAUGUACAACGUGAUCCGAGGGUUCGGUAUGAGCCGAGUGGAUGUGGACGAGGCUAUGGUACCUGUAGCUGGGGCAGGUGAGAUACAGUAUAGUAUGCUUCUAAACUUAAUCAUUCUCUGUGCAGGAAACAUUUACUUCACCAAUGCAUUUGACGUGGAGGUUUUCAUCGAGGUCAUGCGUCUGGAUGGAUCCUACAGGAAAGUCUUACAACGUGAAUCCCAGGGCCAACCGAGGUCAAUAGCGGUGAACCCGAUCAAACGAUAUCUUUACUGGGCUGACAUGGGACAGACGGCCAAAAUCGAAAGGUCUCUCCUGGACGGGUCCAACAGAACAGCCAUUGUGAAGACAGGCAUCAGUCUGCCCCGUGACAUCACCAUAGACUACGCCACACAUGACGUGUACUGGGUGGACGCUAUAGUGGACGCGAUACAGAGCGUGUCUUUCAGUGGCGGUAACAGAAGGUACAUCCAAACCAACACCCCGAACCCGUAUGGUCUGGCAGUGUUCAAGUCCUACGUGUACUGGGUAGACAGGAACCUACAAAGGAUUUUCCGCGCGCUCAAAUCAUCCCAGGGCACUGCACCACAGGCCCUCAAGUCAAACCUGGCUAUGCUGAGUGACAUCACAAUCUUCGAUCAAUCGGUGCAGCCAGCAGAUGAGUCGAAUCCUUGCUCCGCAAACAAUGGCGGCUGUCAACAGCUGUGUUUCGCUCUUCCAAACGUCACGGAACCUCACUGUGGGUGUUCUACAGGGACUUUGGCACAGGACAGACGGUCCUGUCAGGGGCGCAGUAGCUGUUGAUUACGACGCCCACGACCACUACAUCUACUUCAGCCAGGUCAACUCAAAGAAGAUCAGCCGGGUGAGAAAAGGAUCCACUCUAGUGGAAGAUCUCAUGGCGCCCAGCAUGAACGCCACCCCCGGCUACGUCCAUGACGUCACCUCAGUGGAGGGCAUCGCUUUCGACUGGGUGGGCAAGAAGCUGUAUUGGGCUGACCUUUUCCGCAACCGGAUCUACAGCAUCAAUGUGAACCUCACCAACAAAGUGGUGAUCGCCAUGGUGCAAAGUCCCCGGGCCCUGGCACUGGACCCUUGCAAAGGGUACAUCUACUGGUCGGACUGGGGUCGGACCCCAAAGAUAGAGCGGGCCACAAUGGCAGGUAACCAAAGACAAGCCAUCGUCUCCACAGACUUGGGCUGGCCUAACGGACUCACCAUCGACUUUGAGGAGGAGAAAAUCUAUUGGGCUGAUGCACAGAAGGACCGCAUAGAGCGAGCAGGCUUGGAUGGAAACUACCGCGAAGUGAUCGUGGAGACCACUGUCCACCCUUUCUCGCUGACCGUGUUUGGCUUCUACAUCUACUGGACAGACUGGACCCUCAGAGGCAUCUACAGGGCAGAGAAACACACAGGGGCCAACAUGAAGAUGUUGGUUCAAGGACUCUCCACACGGCCCAUGGGCGUCACUGUGUACUCGCAGGAGAAGCAAAAAUGUAGCAACAACCCUUGCGCAGUUUUCAACGGUGGCUGCAGCCACAGCUGUCACCCCGGGCCGGAGGGGACGGUGGAGUGCACCUGUGAUCAGGACAGCGGACUUGAGAUCGGAAAUGGUGGCAAGGCGUGUAUUCCCAGCAACAACACAUGUUCCCCCGAGCAGUUUGUCUGUCGUAACGGCCGCUGUCUGCGGGAACGCUGGGUCUGCGAUCUAGACAAUGACUGUGGAGACGGCUCGGACGAAGAGCCAAAUUUGUGUGCCCUACACACGUGCGACCCGAAGUACUUCAGUUGUCAGAACGGGCGCUGCAUCCCACUCCGUUAUCGCUGUGACUUUGACAACGACUGCAGGGACAACUCGGAUGAAGACGACUGUGAUUACCCCACAUGUGGACCAGAUCAGUUCACUUGUAACAACUUUCGGUGUAUCGAGGCCUCGCAGAGAUGUAACGGCAUUGAUAACUGCAGGGACGGGAAUCGCACGGACGAGCUCAACUGCCCUCCACGAACGUGCCCUCCGAACCAGGUGAAGUGCCCGACCACCAACAUCUGCAUCAUCCGCCGCUACAUGUGUGAUGGGGACAACGACUGCGGCGAUAACAGCGACGAGAAUCCUUUCUACUGUAACAUGGUUUCGUGCGCGCCUGGUGACUUCCAGUGCUCCCAGAGUCACAAGUGUAUCCCGGGCAGCUGGCAGUGUGACGGAGACGACGACUGUGGCUUUGGCGAGGACGAGUCGACCACCACAUGCUCAUCCUUCAACCGGACCUGCCAGACAGACCAGUUCUCGUGCGACAACGGCCGCUGUGUGUCCCAGCGAUGGGUGUGUGACGGGGAAGACGACUGUGGCGACGACUCGGACGAGGCAGACGAGAGAAACUGCAAUGACCGCACGUGCCCCCCAGACACGUUCACGUGUGAGUCGAACAAGCAGCAGGGUACCUACCCGUGCAUCCCGCUGUCCCGUGUGUGUGACGGCAUCAGGAACUGUCGGAACGGCGAGGACGAGACACAGACGUGCCCGCCGCGCACCUGUAUGUCACACCAAUUCCAGUGUGGCAACGGCAUCUGUAUCUCGGCGAGGUUCAAGUGUGACCAUGACAACGACUGUGGAGACAUGUCUGAUGAGCCUGAUGACUGCAUAACUCCAGAGCCAACAUGUCCAGGCAAUCAGUUCCGUUGUGACGACGGUCAGUGCAUCCCAUACGAGAUUGUCUGCAACAAGAGCCCUGACUGCGCUGAUGAGUCAGACGAGCAACACUGCAACAUCAACGAGUGUCAAAGUGUGCGAGUGAACCAGUGCCAGCACACAUGUGUGGACACACUGACCAGUUUCCGGUGUGAGUGCCAUGAUGGGUACAGGCUGAUGAGUGACCGGCGCGCGUGUAGAGAAAUCACCCCAUGGCUUAUCUUCACCAACCGGUACUACCUACGAGAAAUCUCCACCGAGGGAGACAACCACAGGCGCAUCGCCCAGGGAUUUGAGAACAUUGUCUCCCUUGACUUCGACAUCGCCCAGGAUACGAUCUACUUCACGGAUGUGAAGAAACACCGCAUCUACAGCAUCUUCCUCAACGGGACGCGCCAGAAGGUGGUCAGCAAGAACAACGUGCCCAGCGUGGAGGGUCUCUCCGUCGACUGGAUUGCAAGAAAGCUGUACUGGGUAGAUGGUCGGCGGUCAGUGAUCAGCGUGGCCGAGAUGAAUGGCACGAAUCAGCUGACCUUGCUCAAAGAAGGCAUCCGGAGGCCCAGAGCCAUUGCUGUGAAUCCAUUCAAUGGCUUCAUGUACUGGUCAGACUGGGGCAACCCUCCUUACAUUGGACGUAUGGGCAUGAACGGCCAGAACCUCUCCACGUCCUUCAUCACAGACAAGCUAGGCUGGCCCAACGCUCUCACCUUGGACUUUGAGACGAACCGCUUGUGGUGGGCAGACGCCCAUCUCGAUAUUAUUGAGUACGCCGAUCUGGACGGCAGUCACCGCCACAUCGUGUUAGAGGGCGUGCCCCACCCGUUCUCUAUCUCGCUGUUUGAGGACUACAUGUACUGGACCGACUGGAACCAUCUGAGCAUUGAGCGAGCCAAUAAAUACACAGGGGAGAACCAUGAGAUCUUGUGGAACGUCACUCACAGGCCUAUGGACGUGCACGUCUUCCACCCGCUCAAGCAGAAGCCAGGUCCCAGCCCGUGCGGCGAGAACAACGGGGGCUGCUCCCACCUGUGUCUCAUAGCUCCUGGCGGCUCCAUCUACACCUGUGCCUGUCCAGACCACUUCAUCCUGAUGCCGGAUGAUCAGACAUGUCAGGCCAAAUGUUCCAGCAACCAGUACAGAUGUGGCCCUACGGACGAUCGCUGCAUCCCUCGUGUGUGGAAAUGUGAUGGAGAGAAAGACUGCAGGGAUGGUUCUGACGAGCCUCCUGAUUGCCCGGUCAACUACUGCCCACCGGGCCAGUUCCAGUGCAAGAACAAGAACUGCACGUUCAGCUACCAGGUGUGUGACCUGCGUGACGACUGCGGGGAUGGAAGUGACGAGGAGGGUUGUCAGAAGCACAGCUGUGAGCCGUGGCAGCUCCGCUGUGACAACGGCAAGUGCCUGCCCCGCUCCUGGGCCUGUGACGGCGAUGAUGACUGCGGGGACCGCAGUGAUGAGAGGGAGUGUGGCAACGUGACGUGCCCAGCCAAUCAGUUCCAGUGCGACAACGGUAAUUGCAUCCAGGCCAACUGGAAGUGUGACUUUGACAACGACUGUGGAGACAACUCAGAUGAAAAACCGGAGUUUAACUGUGAGCAACGAGAAUGUGAGGUGGGCUGGUGGCGUUGUGAGACCAACUACCGCUGUGUCCCCAAUUGGGCACGAUGUGACGGAGAGGACGACUGUAGGGACAACUCAGAUGAGAAGGAGGAAAACUGCCCAGUCUGUCACUCCACUGGAGACUUCCGGUGCCAGAACCGACGCUGCAUCCCAAAACGAUGGAUGUGUGACUUUGAUGACGAUUGUGGGGAUAAUUCGGAUGAGGAGGUCACAAAAUGUCAGGACAGCUAUCGGAAGUGUUCUGAAUCAGAGUUCCGUUGCGCCAACAACAAGUGUAUCCAAGGACGCUUCAAGUGUGACCAUGACGACGACUGUGGUGACUCCUCUGAUGAGUCACACGCUCUGUGUAGUGAUUACCACAAAUGCACGCCUGAUCAGUUCACGUGUGCCAGCGGUCACUGCACGCACCAGGAGAACAUGUGCGAUGGCCACCGAGAUUGCCUGGACCUGAGUGAUGAGUACAACUGUACUGGCACCUACCAUGGUCACCACCACUGCCCCAGCAGCGUGUUUGAGUGUCAGAACACCAUGUGUGUGCCUCAAAGCUGGCGCUGUGAUGGGGCUGACGACUGCGGGGACGGAAGUGACGAGUCUCCUGCGGUAUGCAAACAAGUGGACUGCACACAGGGUGACCGCUUUCUGUGUGACAACUUUCGGUGCAUCCCUGCAUGGCGUGUGUGUGACGGUGUGAACAAUUGCUGGGACGGCACCGACGAGGAAGGAUGUGACCGAACUGACGAGGAGUGCAGCACCGAUCAGUACAAGUGUUCCAACGGCCAAUGCAUUAACGGGAAGAAAGUGUGCGACAACGCCCCAGACUGUUCGGACCUAUCAGACGAGGCAGGCUGUCACAAAGGCACAGGUGUGAGUUGCGAGGAUGACAACGGAGGUUGUGAGCACAACUGUACACAGCUCAGCCCAGACAGCUUCUACUGCAGUUGUCGUCAGGGGUUCCGUGUUGAUGACCAGAGGAGGACACAGUGUCAAGAUGUGGAUGAAUGUGCCAACUGGGGAAAUUUCUGCCCGCAAAGCUGUGUCAACGUUAAGGGUUCGUUCAAGUGCCAGUGUCACCCCGGCUUCACCGAUCCACAAAACAGAGGGACAGAGUGCAAGUCUGAAGAGCGUAAGUUUGUGAUACUGUUCACUGUGGGUGACGAGGUCCGCCAGUACCGUUCAAAAGCCAAGGACUACAGUUCAGAGGUCAGCUCUGGGGUCAGGGCUGCUGCCAUCGACAUCGACGCGGACAGGCGUCUGGUUUACUGGACUGACACUAACCUGGGGAAGAUCUACAGAGCCUCAAUCCCACGUGACGAGAAGAAAAAGGCAGUGGCCCAGGAUCUGGAGAUCUACAACUCCUACCACCCUGAAGGACUUAGCGUGGACUGGGCAGCUAAAAACAUCUACUGGACAGACUCCAAUUCUCGAACGAUAUCAGUCGCCAACGCUGAUGGGUUCUACAAAAAGGUUCUGAUCUAUAAAGACCUGCGCUACCCAAGAGCCAUUGCAGUACAUCCAGGCACAGGCUACAUGUACUGGACUGACGCCAGCGUUUCCCGGCCUCGUAUUGAGCGUGCUUGGAUGAACGGCGAGCACCGGUCAGUCCUUGUGUCCACUCGCUUAGGUGUACCCAGUGGCAUCACCAUUGACUUCUACAUGGGAGGUCGUGUGUACUGGUGCGACAGCAAGGAGAAUCUCAUCGAGUCAAUGAAGCCCGAUGGGACAGAUCGUGUAGUUGUGACGGCCACGGCGGCUUACAACCCGGUAGCACUAGAUGUGUUUGAGGGCCAGAUGUACUGGCUGUCCGAGGCCCUGGGUCAGCUGUCCAGCAUGGACAAGUUUGGCCGGCAGAGCAACAAGACUAUUCAGACUGGACUCCAGAUGCCCAAAGGAGUGAAAGUACUGCACAUCAACAGAUAUAACAUCUCCAUCAAGUCAGAGUGCAGGAACAUGGAGUGUUCCCACCUGUGCCUUGUCAUCCCUGGGGGUGCGAAAUGUGCGUGCCCGGAAGGAGCUGGCUUCGUACAAGGCACGGGUGAAACUGUGUGUGAUGCGGCUCGAUCCGGACAAACUAAACCGAUGCCAUGGGAGGACUGUCGGUGUCUAAAUGGUGGAACCUGCUCACAGGAAGAUAACCAAGUACAGUCAACCUGUAUCUGUCCACCCGAGUUCUCCGGUGAGUUGUGCGAGUUCAGGACCAGUGGCAACGGUUCUUUGCCCUCCCAGGUAGUGGAUGAUGGGCCAUCUACUGCUGGUGUUGAAGACCACAUUGCCAUUGUUGUGCCUAUUGUGAUUGGUGUGCUUGCCAUUAUCAUCAUAGUCCUAGUCGUCGUCAUUUUGCGGAGGCGAGGAGUUGACUUCAAUUUCAAGAAGUUGAUGAGCAGCAAACAGAGGCCUUCCUCGCCCACGGUGUCCUUCAAGGAUGGCAAUGAGGUCAAACUGGGCGUGCCGGACAUGACCUAUGAUGGGCAAGGUCGGGAAGAAAUGCAGCCGAGCUCCCCCGACUUGCCCACAAACUUCAGCAACCCUGUGUACGACAGCCUGCACGGACCCCCCGCCGACUCAGUGGUCCUGCCAAGCCACGGGCCACACUACGAGUCAAGCACUGACCCCGCCCCCAGCCACGCCGUGGUGAAGACAGAGUCACCUAAAACAGGAGCCGCGCCCCCACCGCCAGUCCCCGCCCCUCGUGGCGCCACCUCCUCCCCGAGGGAGUUCAGAAUGAUGACGCCACGGGCGUUAGAUCCCAAUUUGGACGAAGAUGAAAGAGACAUUGCCGGGCUGGUGAAAUCUGGAGACCUCUGACAGGAAUGAUGAGAUUAUUAUAACUGAGACUGAGACCAUUUGUCCUGUUCCCGAGACAGCUGAAAAGACCCGUAACGUAACGCGUCUGAAAAAGAAUAUUAUGUGUGCAUUUUGAAUAGCAAAACUAUGAAUAAUCACAUGCCUCUCUCCCACAACUGGCAACUAAGAACUGUCCAGGGGUGCUGUAUGAGCAUGUGAAGGGAAGUGUGUGCACAUAAAUAAGCGGCUUUGCUUUAAAAAAAAAAGUGUUUCGAGAGAGUGCGUACGCCACAGUAGGUGUAAGAAAUUGAAAAACAGAGAGAGAGUGAAACAGACGGAGUGAGAGAGAGAGAGAGAGAGAGAGAGAGAGAGAGAGAGAGAGAGAGAGAGAGAGAUAUAUAUAAAUAAAGAAAUAAAGAGAGGAUGUGUCAGGGCUUGUCAGGUUCCCUGAAUCUGAUUCUGAUAAAGCAAUAAAAACAUAAAAGGAAACAAACUUCUAUCAAUGCAGAGGUAGUGAGCAAGCUGCAUAACACCAUGGUUAACCCUACACCAAAUCAAUUUGCUUUCGUGUAUAAAGAUACUGUUUUACAGAGCAUGGAUUUGGACGUAUCGCCCGCAAAUCCUCAGUAACCAGUUCAUAUUUUGCACACACUUAUUUACAAUAAUUAAAAAUAUCUUAGGAAGUUUUUCUAGAUUUUUUAAUGUAGAAAAUAUUGCUGACCCUGAAAAAUACCUCUAGUCAUAAUACAUUGUACCUGCAUCUUCUCGAUUGACAGCAGCAAUGAAUAUGUACAUGUAUCACGUUGUCAGUUCAAACUUUGUUUUCAUUUAGUUGGCAUCAUAUCAACUGUACUGUUAUGCUAUUGCUUGUGACUUCAAUACAUUCCGCAAUGUCAUGGAUUCGCUGCCACAUGUUUGUAAACUUCUAAAUUAAGCUACGUGUGUUCAGAGUAAAGGAGGGUGUCACCUGCACACAUCAAAGUAAAAGAAAGCUUACUUUUUCGACUCUACUUUUCUCUAACAAAAUGGAGAGCUGAAUUACACAGACACAUGAAUGACAUUUUCUUAUACACCACAGCCUUUAAACAAAAUUUUUUUUUAUUUACACCACCACAGUGCCUUGACAUUUUACACUGAAAUAAAGAAUGCGAAAUAGA